CUUAGAAGAAUAUAACAGUAGGUUUAAUAAAAUUGACAGUAAAUAAUUGAAUUUAUAAUAUUGAAAUUUCUUCUACAUCUAGUUUUCAAAUUGAAUUUAUGAACUAAUAUAGAGGCAAAAUAAUUUUACAAUGAAUUCUCGACGUACAAAACAUACAAGCAAAGGAAAUAGUGUAGUCCCUUGGAAAAAUCCUUUUCAUAGUGUUAUAUCGGCAGGACCAAAAAGGCGUGGUUCGAGCUAUGACUUUGCUUCAUACGACUUGGCUAAAGGCGAAGAUUAUAAGUUGGACACUAAGACUGCAAUGAAGGAAGUGCCGCCGAUGCAAAAAGAUAUUUUGAAAGAUGGUCCUAGGAUGAAAUAUUUAAAUAUUCGUUGGGAAAUUACCCCCGAUGUUAAAUACUAUUUUCCAGAAGCAACUAGUUGGAGAUAUGGGUGGAUGCACAACGUGAUGAGAAGGAGUACUUUGCCUACAUAAGCUGCUCCGAUGAGUAGGAAAGAUCGGUUUUUGCUGAAUGUUUUAGUCUGUUUUCAAAUUGACCUUUUAGAAUAGAUAAAAAAUAGAUACUAAUCAAAUGUUAAUUUUUUAAGGCCCCUGUCUGUCAGUCUGUCUAUAUGUCUCUUCGUCUAUUUGUUUGUCUGUAGGCCACACUCAAUUUACUCGAAAACGGUUGAACCUACUGUAUCAGUGCCACAAUAAAGCGACCUAUUUCAGGUUAUAAAUGAUCAUCUAUGUUAGAACCA